AUGCCUUGGAAACUCUUCCGCAAAGAUCUUUCCGACGUAUGCCUCCGAGGGAGAUUUCCCCGUCUAAGCCACCUCAGGCUCGGUGACGAAGACAGUACCAUCGCCUUUACCUACAGCUUCCAGCCCAGCAUGCACAUUGAAUUUAUGGUCUCCAUUCUUGAUGCCACCGAAUACCCCGAUAAUCACAGUUACUUUGCGUUCGCUGUCACGGACAAUAUCCCCCCGGCUGUUUCCGCCAUUCUGGAGACAGUACAAUGCAAGUUCAAUGGUUGCUCUCUAGAGACAUUCCUAGAAGGCUUCUGUAAUUACCUUGACCAAGCUGCCCUCGGGAGAGAACCGCGGGCAAGUUCUCCUAUAGAUGACGACUUCGAUGCCAUCUCAGAUGGUGAAGAUAUGGACUGGGACGAGUACCCCGAUGCCCCACAGAUGGACCAUUCCGUGGAUAUGAAGCAACUGCGAACUGAUCUUCGAGCAGCUAAAAGCGCAGGAUUCAAAGUUGGCUAUCUUGGUGACCUGGAGGGCUCGUUCAUUGUGUCUAUUUCCUGCCGCAUUGCUAGCCUAGGCAUUUCACAGGAUGCCAUGCAAAUGUGGGAUGUCUGUCCCACACACUUUAUAGUGCUGCUUCUUUAUUACCCAAGGGGGUAUCGGAGACUAGACCACAUUGUAUCCCAGUCCCAGACAGCUCCUUCGCCAGUCAGGAUGUAUGUCGGUUUUUGCGAUAGGUACAAGCCCACGGCGGUGUCUAUCCCAGAGACGCACCAGGAAUUCUCAGGCCUCGGUGUAUCAAGCUCAACUCCCAAAUCUGCUUUAAAAUCCUCGUUCAUCACCGACCCGUUAGAGACCCUUCUCAACGAUCGCUUCCUCAGUAUUGUACAAGAUCGACUCAGACACGGUUUCUCAUGGACCGGGGCAGAAAUUUUCUACAAUGACGCUCAGGGUAAGAAGCUAGAUACCAAAGAUUCUAAGCUUCCCAAAUACUUUGUUCCAGAGGAAUGGGCCAAGUUCACACCCGGCUUCGUUAAAGCAGACGAUCUGUCACAGCAUACAGCACAUCAGCUGUCCCUUCCUCUCAUUGCCAUGCAGUAUACUCUGCGACGUUUUGUUAAGUGCACGGAAUUCUGUCUGAACUGCCAUUGCAAAAUAGACGCCGGUUUUGAGGCUCUAAAGCCUUAUGUUUGUUCCAGUCCGUUAUGCCUCUAUCAAUAUAUGCAACUUGGGAUGGGUCCCAAGCUAGAAUGGGAGAUAGUCACACAGCCGUAUGUGGUAGACAUGCUCGUUAGCUUUGCUUAUGCUCGGGCUGCACAAGGGCAACUGACUGACCUUCCCUCUGGACUCGGCAUGAAGGUUGCCUCUACUGGAUCAACUCUGCCAUCAUGGACCGCGAGGCUGGAUGCUGCCAAGAUGACACUAUUAGCCCAAAAGCCUCAUAAUCUCAAAGUUGGUGAAUGGAUUCUAAUAAAGCUAGCCAAUGCGUCUGAUCUACCAUCGACUGUUUCAUCGCUCUGCAGUACUGUGCUCCAAGUGCAUGACCAGUCGCUUGUCGAGAUCUCGCAGCCUAUCUCUGUAGGCUAUUGGACUGACACACAAGACUCGCUUUCUGACGGGCUAGACGUGCAAGUUGUACCCUUCCGUGUUGACUUUGAUAGUUUAGCUGGCGAUUUGAAACAGAAAGCAGUCAUGCUACUCCUCGACACAUUACCCGAUGUCUUUUCGAUGAAAAAUUUCAUCGAGAGCAGUGCGCCUGAGUACAAAGCGCUCGCCUCAUGGCAUGGCACAAUCUGCCCAUCAGCUCUAUAUGUACUACGAUGGAUUCUUGCUUCAAAUAGAUCGUGCAUCGUACACGACGAUAAUCCUGAACACCAGGUGACAGGAAUGCACAACUACAUGCAGUUCAGGCUAGCGCAGGGGUCUCCAGACAAAGAAGCUCGGUUCGUCCAGGAACUCAAUAACAGCUCAAAUAUGGAGUUCCCCACGCUUUUUGCUUGGCACGGAAGCCCAGUUUAUAAUUGGCACAGCAUACUGAGAGAAGGUCUAAACUUUGCUCAACAGCUGAAUGGCCGUGCUUAUGGAGAUGGUGUUUAUAUGGCGAAAGAUCUUGAGGUUUCUCGCAUAUACUGCUCUCGUGGUAGUAUGUCUGGAGCCAAGUGGUCACGAAGCAAGUUAGACAUCACUUCUGCUAUCUCGCUGAAUGAAGUUGUCAAUUCACCGACAAAAUUCAAACUGACCAAGCCCUAUUAUGUUGUUACUCAACUAGACUGGAUUCAGUCGCGGUACCUGUUUAUCUCAGGGGGUGGUAUCAAAGCUCAAGAAGAAAACAAGAACAAACCUUCAAAGGUUUACAAACAGCAUCCGGAUUGGACGGCACGUGGCCCUGGUAAUGAGCCUGUUUCCAUUCCUAUAUCGGCCCUUGGCACUCGGCAGAGCAAGAGCCACAAGAACAAAGACGAUUCGAAUGGGCAAGCCACAGGUCAUAGACAAAAGAAAAGGAAGGCAUCUGCAAAGGGGGUACCUGGUCCGUCUGAGAGCUCAUCGACAACUGAUCCCAACGACGAUACGGAGUUUGAGGAUCUUCGCUUACUUGAUUCGGACUCGGAUGGCGAUGUCAUUGGAAAAUCAAGACGUGUCGAUGCAUCAAAGUCCAGUCAUAAUCUGAGACGCGGGUCUAAAACCGACUUCCAGCCCGGCACAUUGCAAGCUCAUUCCUUCAAGCUCCUCGGACCACCAAGCUACGCGACCACAACCGCGACAAAGUCACUACAGCGUCAUCUCAAGGCAACAUUACGCAUCCAGGACCGAGAGCCUCUACAUGAGAUCGGUUGGUAUGUCGACCCCACACUUAUCAACAACGUGUAUCAGUGGAUUGUCGAGUUCCACAGCUUCGAUCCCUCUCUUCCUUUGGCACAGGAUCUCAAGCAGAAAGGUCUCACGAGCGUUGUUAUGGAAAUGCGCUUUCCACCGCAGUUUCCGAUGUCUCCGCCUUUUAUCCGCGUCGUUCGACCCCGAUUUAUGUCCUUCCAACAACGCGGUGGUGGCCAUGUGACCGCUGGUGGCGCCAUGUGCAUGGAGCUACUCACAAGCUCAGGCUGGCUUCCGACGAGCUCCAUAGACAGUGUGUUUCUACAGGUACGUAUGGCACUCUGUUCAACAGAGCCUUGGCCUGCACGCAUUGAACGCGAUGGCGAUUACCCGUUCAGUGAAGCUGUGAGUGCCUACAGGCGAGCUUGUCAAGCACAUGGUUGGAAGGUGCCUGAUGAUUUUAAUCGCAUCGAGGCGGCAUGA